ACGUCAAGCCAGAUGGCAACAGGUGGUUUUUUGAACAAACUGCCCGCGACACUUCAAUUGUGAGCGCGCUUUCAUCCUACAAAAUAAAGUCCCUGUGCUGCUUGCUUUACGUGUUUAAUAUUAAUUUUUAAGAGGAUAACAAAUCAUAGACUUUAUACAUGUGCUAGUUAUAAUACGUGACCUUCUGUCCCUGGAUUCUGAGUUUUUCCUCAUCUUAUUUUCCACAAGGAGACAAAUAACUACUGACACUACUUCAAGUAAUCAACUGUAAAAAGGUCACCCUCAGCAAUAAUAUUUUGCUACAAUAAUCAUUUUACAAAUGGCUACCGCGGUGGCGAAAAAAUUCGACUCUUCUAACAAUGGUCCAAAGGAUCCAUCUGAGUACGGAAUAUUAUGGAUACAAUGGCUUGUCGCUUCAUCUCUAUUGAUUGCCGAACUUUUGGUUCUUGGCAUAAAAUUUCUGAUCACAGCAAUCGAGUCCCUGUAUCGAACUUUCCUGCCCCCAAUGGAGAAAUCAUUGCAAGGUGAAAUUGUAUUGAUAACCGGAACGGGUCACGGCAUUGGCCGGGAGCUGGUUUAUCAGAUGGCUCCCCUAGGCUGCACCCUAGUCUGCUGGGAUGUGGACGAAUCGGGCAACCAGGAAACGAUCAAACUGCUGGCCGAUCGUGGUUACAAGAAGAACGUGCAUGCCUACAAGUGCGACGUGUCGAAUCGCGAAGAAGUCCUGGAGGUGGCCGCGAGAGUGCGCGCAGAGGUGGGUGACGUCACCAUGCUGGUGAACAAUGCGGGCAUAAUGCCCUGUCGACCUUUGCCCAGUCACAAGCCGCAAGAAAUACGAAAAAUAUUUGACGUCAAUGUGUUGGCUCACUUUUGGACCCUGGAGGCGUUCCUUCCGAGCAUGGUGGAGCGAAACCACGGCCACAUCGUGGCUCUGUCGUCGAUGUGUGGCAUAGUCGGCAUCCCCAAUGUCGUUCCCUACUGCGCUUCCAAGUUCGCCGUCAGAGGUCUGAUGGAGUCUCUGUACGAGGAGCUGCGAGCAGCCAACGGAGGUGGUGGGGCUGUCAAAUCACAGGUCAAAUUCACCACCGUGUACCCCAUCAUGGUCGGCACGGGCCUCGUCAAGAAGCCUCGUAACAGGUUUCCGGCCCUGCUGAGCCUUUUACCGCCGGAAAAAGUGGCUACCAACAUAAUAAAGGCGGUGCGAAGAAACUAUAAAGAACUCAGCAUUCCAGCUCCUAUGCUCACACUGGACAGGAUUGCCAGACUGUUGCCGGGGAAAUUCAUACAGCAUACAAAGGACUUCAUGGACACAGGUCUUGAUCCAGAUGAUUGAA